UUACGGUCUCUGUCUAGCGCGAGAAGUAGUAACUGUUAUUAAUCAUGUUGCUAUUAUACUUAGCUCUCGGGAUAGUGACGGCAGCAGUAGCAUUAUAUGCUUACUUCACAAGAACCUUUAACUACUGGAAAUCAAGAAAUGUCGCCGGUCCAGAGCCAGUCGCGUUGUUCGGAAAUUUAAAAGAGUCGACACUCAGAAGUAAGAACAUUGGUAUUGUUUUCCAAGAAUUAUAUAACCAGUUCCCUAAUGAAAAAGUUGUUGGAAUUUACCGAAUGACUACACCGUGCCUAUUACUCCGCGAUCUAGAUGUUAUUAAACAUAUAAUGAUCAAAGAUUUUGACGUGUUUUCUGACCGCGGCGUGGAGUUUAGCAAAGAAGGCUUGGGAGUUAAUUUGUUCCACGCAGAUGGUGAUACUUGGAGAACCCUGAGAAAUCGUUUCACGCCAAUAUUUACAUCAGGUAAACUGAAGAAUAUGCUUUACCUAAUCACUGAACGUGCGGACAAGUUCUCCAACUACGUGGAGAAGUUAUGUUAUGAUCAACCGGAACAAGAAGUUCACAGUCUUAUUCAAAAGUAUACUAUGGGUACAAUUGCCGCUUGCGCCUUCGGUGUUGACAUCGACACUCUUUAUGACAAGCUCGACACUCUCCUUUUGAUUGAUAAAUUAAUCCUGCAAGGUACCUACGCAACCGAAUUGGAUAUGAUGUUCCCAGGUAUUUUAAAAAAAUUGAACCAGUCACUCUUCCCCCAGACUGUAAAGGAUUUCUUCUAUGACCUUGUGAAAAGUGUUAUGACACAAAGAGGGGGAGUACCCUCCAACCGAAAAGAUUUCAUGGACUUAUUAUUGGAAUUGAGACAACAAGGACACAUCGAGACCACAAAACGUAAUGACGAAAGAGAAAGACUAUCCUUAGCAAUUUCUGAAGAUGUAAUAGCAGCUCAAGCGUUUGUUUUCUACGUGGCAGGCUAUGAAACCACCGCCACAACUGUCUCAUUUUUGUUGUAUGAGCUAGCUAUGAAUCCUGACAUACAGAAUAAACUUUUAGCAGAAAUAGAUGACACUUUGGCAGCAAACAAUGGAGUUGUAGAUUACGAUACAAUCAAGAGUAUGUCGUACUUGGAUAGAGUUUUUGAUGAAACCCUUAGAAAGUACCCAAUUGUUGAGCCACUUCAAAGGAACGCUAAAGCGGACUAUAAGAUUCCCGGUACUGAUGUGGUAGUUAAAAAAGGGAUGACCGUUUUAAUAUCGCCCAUGGGAAUCCAAAACGACGAAAAAUACUUUCCUAAACCUCACAUAUUUGAUCCAGAGAGAUUUACUCCUGAAAAUGCGGGUAAAAGACAUCCCUGUGCUUAUAUACCAUUUGGUACUGGACCGAGAAACUGUAUAGGUAUGCGAUUCGCCAGACUGCAGGGUGCUACGGGGCUUGUGAAGCUGCUGUCCAAGGUCCGAGUGGAACCGUCCAAGAACACACCGCCAAUCAUGGAAAUCGAACCGAAGAGAGUUAUCGUCGGACCCAAAAACGGAAUACAAUUAAAACUUAUACCACGAAAACCAGUUAAGUCUUGAAUAUUCUUUGGCUCUUCGACGAUAAACUACGCGUGUUAGUGCUGUGAUAGAAUAACCGGAAAAUUUUAUUGUUUGAAUUUUCUUUACUACUGAUUUUAAAAAAAAUCUACUUUUAAAAUAUGCUAAUAUUGGCCCGCUACAUUUGUGUGUCAAAAUUGAUUUUUGAGGAACCUGUAUUUAACAUUGUGAGAAAACUGCUACAUGUUGAUACUAUUCACAAUCUUGACUAUUAUAAUGUAACAAACGAGCAUUUGGAUUAAUAUUAAUGUAUUUCCCACAUGCCUGUCGCACGACGAAUCCUCAACGCUCAACUUGUCUCAAAAUUAGGCAUGCUGGCUUAAUGUUUGUUUAAACAUUUGAAGUAGUACCUAUAUUUUUUUAAGUAUAAAUUAUUGCAAUUGCUAUGAAGCUACCGUAUUUAUUAGAUGAUCGUAAAUUUACAUAUAUGAAGAGUAACCGGUUUUACUAGUAGCUUAAGUAGUAUACAUAAUAUUGUAUAUUAUUAUGUGUGUAGCUGUAAACGAUUUUUGAUAUUGUAACAAUAAUUUAUUACGAUAAUCUUAGAACCAUUUCGAGAUUUAUAAUUUUAUUUGUAAAUAAACUCACAUACUAUAAAAAA